AGACUUUAUGAUGUAAAUAAAUAUUGCUGUUUGUUUUCACGGUCUGUGAUAACAAACAUUAUAAAAAUGUAAAUGCUAAAUGUAUAGGCUCAGAGUUCUUUUCAAGUAGAUAAUUACUUAUACAUAUAUAAUGAAAAAUUAAUGGCCCCCAUUGUGGGAUCCUGGGAGCCUUUUUCCAAAAAUUAAUUGGUAAAUAACUUGAUCUUACUCAUUGUGAAAGUUUUGCUAUUGAACUUUUUAUUUUUACAAUUUUGUCCUUACCAACUGCACGAGCAGAAUCUUUCAAUUUCACUACUUUUAGCCCUAAAUUUUCCCAAAACCCAAAAGUGACCCCUCGAAAGAAGACAAUAUUCUCAGAAAAGCCCAAGGAAGAGACCUCAUUAAUCCACAAACUUUUCCACAUGUCAAGCCGUGAUUCGCUACCCAGAUGCUCAAAAACCAGAAAUAUCAUUAAGGCGGGUGUAGUCAUAGACCAAAACAACACUUUGAAACAAAAGCAAGAAUUAUCCAUCCUUUGUCACUCCCAAGAAAGAAAAUAUCUCACAUAAAACCUCAAAAAUCUUGAAUCUUCCAAAUUUCACACUUAAAAAAAUCUAGUUUCUUCAGAAAUUCAAUGUAGUUAGCAUUCAAGUUGAAGUAAAAAACAUCAUUUCUUUGCCCUUUCAUUCUUUAAGAAGAAAAAAAACAUGAGUCUUAUAGCUGCUUUUCGCGGGAAUUUCACUCCUUUGCUGUUGCCAUUAUCUUCACAUUGUAGUUCUUGCACUAGUUCUGUUAGUGUUACUUCUCAGAGGAAGUUACGUUGCCGUUUAAGGGAUUUCAAGUUGUACCAUGUUUCAAGGUUUGUUGAAAAGAGAGUGAUUGUUUGUAGAGUUACAGAGACUGAGACUGAACCUGAUGGUAAUAAUGAUAAGGAAAAAGAAGUCCAUGAAGGAGGAGAGACACCACCUACCACCGGUUCGGCAGGGCAGGUCAGUUCCGAAUCUGAUUCUCAGCCUAGAGUAGUAAAUCAAAUAAGCAACAAUGACGAGCAGACUAAUUCCGAAAGUAGCACUCAGGAUGCUGAUGCUGAAAAUGUUGCUAGUGGGUCUCCUCUUCCAGGUGUGAAGACACAGCAACUGGAUGAAUCAUUCAGGAUUCCUAAGGGAACAAUUGAUAUUCUUAAGGACCAAGUAUUUGGAUUUGAUACCUUUUUUGUGACAAGCCAGGAGCCAUAUGAGGGAGGAGUAUUGUUUAAAGGAAACCUGAGAGGAAAGGCUGCUAAAAGCUAUGAGAAAUUAACAAACAGGAUGCAGAAUAAAUUUGGGGAUGAGUAUAGGCUUUUCCUUCUAGUUAAUCCAGAGGAUGAUAGACCAGUGGCAGUUGUUGUUCCAAGAAAGACCCUGCAACCAGAGACAACAGCUGUGCCAGAGUGGUUUGCAGCUGGUGCUUUUGGACUUGUUACAAUUUUCACAUUACUUCUCCGUAAUGUGCCGGCAUUACAGUCCAACUUAUUAUCGACUUUUGACAAUCUUGAGUUGCUAAAGGAUGGCCUUUCUGGAGCCCUUAUAACCGCACUUAUUCUUGGGGUACAUGAAGUCGGCCACAUAUUAGUUGCGAAAAGCAGUGAUGUCAAGUUGGGGGUGCCAUAUUUUGUACCAAGCUGGCAGAUAGGCUCUUUUGGCGCUAUUACAAGGAUAGUAAAUAUUGUGCCCAAACGAGAAGAUCUUUUAAAGGUUGCAGCAGCAGGACCUUUAGCAGGGUUUGCCUUGGGUUUUGUUCUUUUCCUUGUAGGAUUUGUCUUGCCACCUAGUGAUGGUAUUGGACUUGUUGUCGAUGCUUCUGUUUUUCACGAGUCGUUUCUUGCUGGGGGUAUAGCUAAACUUCUUCUAGGUGAUGCGCUCAAGGAAGGCACUCCCAUAUCUGUGAACCCACUUGUGAUAUGGGCAUGGGCUGGAAUGCUUAUUAAUGCCAUCAAUAGCAUCCCUGCAGGAGAGCUUGACGGAGGACGGAUUUUGUUCGCCAUAUGGGGAAGAAAGGCUUCAGCUCGCUUCACUGCUGUCUCAAUUGGCCUGCUCGGGAUAUCCGCAUUGUUUAAUGAUGUGGCAUUUUAUUGGGUAGUUUUGAUAGCAUUCUUACAAAGAGGGCCAAUUGCUCCACUUUCUGAGGAGAUCACUGAUCCUGAAGAGAAGUAUGUUUCCCUUGGUAUUUUGGUUUUGCUGUUAGGAUUGUUGGUUUGUUUGCCAUACCCUUUUCCUUUUACAGACGAAGUCCUUACAAGCUUUUAGCAAUACUGUCUCCUUAUACUCUACCCAUACAAUCAAACUGAUACUUAGGUCCACGAGAGUAGGAUUUUGCUUAGGUAAUAAAGUAGGUGCAAUGUAGAUGAUAUUUUCUAUGCAGCAAUUAAUGAUUUCCAUAGACAAAGCA